AUCUCCUUCAAAUAAGCCAUCAACCCAUCCAUCACAAACUCUUUGUUAUUACUAUUGCUGUUCAUAAAACCUCAGAGCAAUUGAGGUGUUUAAUUUAAUUUGCUGUUGACAACUAUAGCCAAUUGCCUAUAAAACAUGAGGCAAUAUUCUGCGUCUCGUCGAACUGCUCCAGAUCCUUCAAUGCCACCUGUAAUGGUAGAUCCAAGGGCAGAUGCUUGGGAACAUCAAGAGUUAGAAAAAGUUAAAUUGCGGUUUGAGAAGCUGAAUAACAUAAUUGUUGAAUGGGAGGCUGACAAGAAGAACAAAGCAAAACAGCAGUUACAAAGAAUUGAGGCUGAAUUGGAAGAGAAAAGGGCAAGAGCUUUGCAGCAUUACAAUGAAGAGAUCACAAGGAUAGAAAGCAUAUCAGGAGAAGCAAGAGCUCAAGAGGAGGAUAAUAUGAAAAGAGAAGAGCAGAAGGUGAAGGAGAAGGCUAACCAAUUAAGAUAUACUGGCAGGCUCCCUGAACAAACAUGUUUUAUUUGCUAGCUACCUACUCUCAUCUAUAUCUAUACACACCAUUGUAUAUAUCUAUAUUGUGAUGUAUAUAUACUCUACAUGCAUGCAU